AGCGAACAGGAAGUAAGUGAACGCUUUCUAAAAAUAUGUAAUUUAUAAGUACUCAGGAUUUUACUGUACUGAAGAGAAUUGAAUAUAUUGUUAAUACACAGCACACAGGAUGAGUACCAAUGACUUUGCUGUCCUCCACACUGGAAGGAAGAUGCCCCUUGUGGGACUUGGGACAUGGAAGAGUGAACCUGGAAAGGUAAAACAGGCUGUGAUUUGGGCAUUGCAAUCUGGAUAUCGGCAUAUUGACUGUGCUCCCGUUUAUGCAAAUGAGCCGGAGAUUGGUGAGGCUUUUCAGGAAAUGCUGGGGCCUGACAAAGCCAUAAGACGAGAGGAUGUAUUUGUGACUUCCAAACUUUGGAACUCAAGGCACCACCCAGAUGAUGUGGAGCCAUCUUUGUUAAAGACCUUGAAAGAUUUGAAGCUGGAGUACCUGGACCUUUACCUUAUCCACUGGCCACAUGCCUUCCAACGAGGUGAUAACUAUUUUCCCAAAAAGGAGGAUGGAACCAUACUGUAUGAUGACACAGACUACAAGCUUACAUGGGCCGCAAUGGAAAAGCUUGUUGGAAAGGGUCUUGUCAGGGCCAUUGGGCUCUCAAACUUCAACAGCAGACAGAUUGACGACAUCUUAUCAGUUGCGAACAUCAAACCGUCUGUUUUACAGGUGGAGUGUCACCCGUACCUUGCACAGGUUGAACUGCUAGCUCAUUGCCGUGACCGGGGUUUGGUGAUGACUGCAUACAGUCCAUUAGGAUCUCCUGACCGAGCCUGGAAGCAUCCAGAGGAGCCUGUCCUGUUGGCGGAGCCGGUCAUUGCUACACUAGCCCAAAAGUACAACAAGAGUCCUGCUCAGAUUAUCAUCAGGUGGCAAACUCAGCGAGGAGUAGUGACUAUCCCAAAGAGCAUCACAGAGUCUCGGAUCAAAGAGAAUAUCCAGCUGUUUGAUUUUAGUCUUGACCCUGAGGAAAUGAGCCAAGUGACGGCAUUGAAUAGAGGCUGGCGUUACAUUGUGCCUACCAUUACAGUUGAUGGAAAGUCUGUACCCCGAGAUGCAGGACAUCCUCUCUACCCUUUUAAUGACCCAUAUUAAUAUACACUUAAGCAGGGUUCUGUGCCUUGGAAAGUAUGCUCAUUUACUUGCCUGUAUACUUGUAAACAAUAAACGGUUUGUUACGUAUUAA